ACAUAAAGAUGUACACAGCGUCGUAUACACUUGAUAAAUAAAAUGUUUUUAUAACGUAACAAGUGUAAAUAAGUGAUAUUCGCGGGUAGAAAUUUGAUAAAAUCGAAAAUGUACUUGAAGAGAUGAUAUUGAGCAACGUUUGAACAAAAGACAGACCGGCAAAAUGACACCUAAACGAAAGACAACCAGUUCAGAAUCUACAUCAACAAGUAGCUCAGGUUCCUCCUCGAGUAGCUCGUCGAGUUCGGGCAGUGAAUCCAGUUCGUCAGAUUCCGAGAAUUCCAGCAGCUCUGCCAAUAGCCAAAAGGUGUCCGAUGCAGAAAGAACUAAGAAGAAGGUGCCAUUUCCAGUAACUCGCCAUGUCAAAUCCAAGGCUGAAACUACUUCUGUACCACCCGUGGAGAAUAAAAAUAAAGACAGACAGCCACCGAAGCCGAGAUCAGCAGUGUAUUCUUCUGAAUCCGAAGAAUCACCCAGCAAAGCAAAAUCACCGCAAAAGAGGAAGCCACCAGCUAAGCCGAAAGCUACUGCUACUGUUGCACCAGUUGUUAAGCCGCAGAGAUCUCUUACAAAACCAGCACCAGCAUCAGUACAGCAUAAAGCUACACCAGCUUCAAAAUCAGCCAAUGCCAAAACUAAUAAAUUUUCUGGUGCCGCAGUCAACAGCAAGACUCCUGAAAAAUCUGGCAAGAUAUCAGAACCUGUGCAGAAAAAAUUAAAAAAGAAAAGUAUAUUCAGCCCGGAAAACAGUAGCGAAAGUGACAGUGGCAUCUCAGCAAAAGUUAGUGCGGUGAAGCCAACAAGUGGUUCCGCAAAAACCUCAAAAAAUCCACCAGCUAAAGUGAAGUUAAAUGACACCAAGCAAAAGUCUGCAGCAACAAGCAGAGCUGUUGCAAAACCCGCGCAACCACAGAAGUCGGACAGUUCAGCAAGUUCGAAGAGUUCCGGUGGUUCGGCGUCCUCGGGGAGCACAGAAAGCAGCAGCGAAUCAGAAUCGUCCGAAAGUGUCACCACCUCUCAGCCUCAACCGAAAAAGAAGGAGACGCAAUCCAGCAAUACACUGGCAAGCAGCAAUACGGCAAAUGUGCCACCUAAAAGACCCUCGGCAGCGGUUGCUCCAGUAAAGCCACAAAAAACAGUUCCAAAACGUCAAGGCCCUGUAAAGAGUGACAACGAUGGAGAUGCGUCUGCGAGUGAUAAAGAGAUGGACGAGCAGGAAGCACCGCCUGCGAAAACUGCAGUAAAAGGCAAACGGAAGCUGCAAACGCGCAAAGGAAGUAAAUUACUUCAACUGCAGGCGAAAGCGGCUAGCGAUUCCGAAUCUGACACAGGUACAAAAACAAUAGUGUGUAAACGUAUUCCGCAAAUAGUGCUGAGUCGUUGUGAUUUGUCGAGAGUAGCCGAGAGCAAGAGGAGCACCAGCAAGUCGCCUGUUAAACGCGCCGGACCGUCCACCGCCGUCAGACAAGCCUCCGGAGCCGGCAGAUCAACACAGAGUAUCACUUCUAAUACCAUCAGCACCAGGACGAGCCAGGCUGCUUACAAUCGGGCGCGCGCGACGAAGGAGCGAGAAUGUCCACUAGCUGCGUCCUGCGAUUCGCGAGGUCAUCUCUCCGGAAAACUCGACUCGCACUUCACCCUGGAAGCAUGUCCGCUGUAUCACAACACCACGCCGCAGGCUUGCGUAGAGUUUCACAAGGAGAGGAAAAAGCGGGAGGAGGAGCGCAAGAAGGCGAUAGCGAAUCUGGCUAAGAAGCCCAAGGGUGUUCAUCAAACUACCGAGCAACGUAAUUACCAACUUAAAGUACGAGAGAUGAGGAACAAAUCGAAAAGUAAUAUCGGUGACGGUAACGAGAGCGACAGUGGCGGCGAGCUGCAGGGGAACGAGAAGGACAAGCAGCCUCGGUUGAAUAAUCUCACGCCUGACUACGAUUUGAAGCUGUUCAUGGAAGCCCAGGCGAUAGCCAGUGAAAAAAUCGAGAAGGAAUUGCGAGAACUCGACUACGACGGUGAAGGCAGAAAUGGCGGUGGUACGCGAGUCGUCGAAAUGGGAAAAUGGGAAAUGGAGGUUUGGUAUCAAAGCCCGUAUCCCGAGGAAUAUAGCCGCGCUCCAAAGCUUUAUCUUUGCGAAUACUGCUUGCGGUAUGCGAAAAGCCGUCAAGUCUUGAGGAGACAUAGAGAGAAAUGCUUGUGGAGGCAUCCGCCAGGACAUGAAGUGUACAGAAAGGACAAACUCGGCGUAUGGGAAGUGGACGGCAAACGAUACAAGCAGUACUGUCAGAAUCUCUGCUUGCUGGCGAAAUUCUUCUUGGAUCACAAAACGUUGUACUACGACGUCGAGCCGUUCCUCUUCUACGUCAUGACGAUCGGCGACGCCGAGGGCUGCCACACCGUCGGAUACUUCAGCAAAGAGAAGAACUCCUUCCUGAAUUACAACGUAUCCUGCAUCCUCACGCUACCGCCUUACCAGAGACAAGGCUACGGCCGGCUGCUCAUCGAUUUCAGUUACUUGCUGACGAGGGUCGAGAAGAAGAUUGGCUCGCCGGAGAAGCCGCUGUCGGAUCUCGGCCUGAUCUCAUAUCGCAGCUACUGGAAGGAUGUACUGCUGCAGUACCUUUGCACCUUCGGCGGCAAGGAGAUCUCUGUCAAAGAUAUCAGCAAGGAAAUGGCCAUCGAUACGUACGACAUUGUCAGCACUUUUCAGGCCCUCGGUAUGAUGAAGUACUGGAAGGGCAAGCAUAUCAUUUUGAAGAAACAGGACGUGAUCGACGACUACAAGGAGAGGGUGAAGAGACGGGGCCCCGUCUACAAAGAGAUCGAUCCGGAGUGUCUGAAAUGGAACCCCUUCCAGCCGCCCAAGACACCCUCCGUCUCGAACUAAGGCCUGCCGCCAGGAGCUUGGAACUACGCCACCCUUCCUCCCCCCCUGUCGCCCCCUCUCUUCGCGGCGCGACUUGAGACGACGGUCGAUUCUCGCGUUCCUUCUCGUCGUCGUCGUCGUCGUCGUCGUCGUCGUGUUCAUCGUGUUCGUCAUGUUCGUCUACGUCUUUGGUCUUUUCGUCAGGCUUUCACGGGGAAGCUGCAGAUUUCACAGCCAUAACGUACGGUAAGAGCCGUGAAAAGCCUUCCAGGAACUCCUUCGUCCCGAAGAAUGCAGGGUACGAUAGCGGGUGCCACAUUCUAUCGGCGAUAUCGUUAAGGUUCGCGCGGCGAAAAGGACUUCUCACCACGAUUCGAGAAUGUUAUCGCGGCGACGGAGUUUCAACGUGGACAUUCAAGCGUGCAAAAAGGGAGGAAAGAGGUCGACGAUGUAAUAAUAAUUGCGACUGGAAGUUUCAGGCGUGUGAGGUGUUAAAGGAAUAUUUGAUAAAAACAGACACAAGAGCCGCUAACGCGCGGAGAUACUCGAAGACCGCUGCAUAUUCCGCGCGCUCGACAUCCUGCGUUAUCAGCCGACAUUUGCCUAUCUUAACGUUUAUUUUUAGAUUCGCGAGUCACUUUUCCGCGUGCAAGCCUUUUCCCCCGCAAUGAAGCUUUUUAGAUUUAUUGAAAAGCGCCAAUGUUUAACAUUAUUUAAAAUGAUCAAUUUAGCGUGAAAUAAUCUUGUAAUAUCGAAUACAAAUCGAGCGAUGAAUAAUCCGCUCUUGAAUGUACAAAUAUGAAUAUUGAAUGAAUAUGUAAAUACGGCUCCGGUCGGAUUCAGCAUUUCAAGCUGCAUCGAUCUGUAAUAUUUGCCCCCGAUGGAAAAUAAAUGCGGAAACACGGCGUACCGUGGCGGAACAACAGCAAGAAACAGUCGGUUGUGCGAGGCGAGUUUCGCGUAAGUGGUAUUUGCGCAUAGCAGAGAGAGAAAGAGAGAAAGAGAGAGAGAGAGAGAGAGAGAGAUAUCGCUGUGAAUCCGGCGACGAUAAGCCGCUCCUUUUACAUUCGCGUCCCGAUGCUGCGCCGGGCUGGUGCAUCGACCUUGGCACCACCUCUCAUUGGUGCAACCUCGUUGGUGCAGUAAGUUGCAUAACGGCGGGGCCGCGUUAACGCGCCGGUGGCGCAUCGAUCAGAUUGCGUCGAAUGCGCUUUCGGCGCGCGGCGUCGGCGGAAUCACCCGGUGAAAAUUUCCGGUCGCGGAAAUUCGGAUUUUUUUUUUUUUUUUUAACGAGGCACGCGCAAAAGGAACAUUGACAGAAAUAUUCGGUCGUUUGACUGAAAAAAAAAAUAUUAACGCACCGAUGUCAAAGGCCAUUCUACUCGAUGAUUCGCAAAAUCAUUCGCUAUCGCGUUCUGCUCGCUGCGCGAGAUUCAGCGCGCGAUCUUCGAGUGUUCGCGGUGGUAGGUUUUUUUUUUUUCCCGCCGGAUGAUGUUGAAACUGUCCUGAUUCCGGGUCGAGGCGCAGCCUACGCGGAGUCGUUCGUUAUUAAAUAUAUUAACUGACGUUAAUGUGGAAGCAAGAGAAAACAGAAGAUCCCCUCGUGUUUAAUAUUUGCGCGCUCCGGAGCGCCGGAGAAUAAUUUCGCCGUUAAAAUACGCCGGACUAUACUGCACCGCGGCCGCAAGACAUAGGCACGGGAGAUACGUUAUUGAUCGGUCUACCAAGGUGCAUGCUCGGCUGCAGAACGGAGAGAGAGAGAGAGAGAGACGGCGAGAAAAAGAGAAAGAGGGAGAGUAGGAUUUGCCAACGAUGCGGAGGCCCACCGGCCUCGAUCGCUCUGCCGAGCAAUGUGAAAAUAACUCGAAAGCAAUCGAGUCAAGGUUACGCGCGAGUUCAAUUUAAAUAUAUUCCGUGCCUCUGGACAUAGGAAGAUACCAGCUGUGUACCGAGAGAUCGUCUCGAACGAGAUCAAACGCGCUCGGCAGCUGGAAGUAAUCCCGACACAGCUCUCGGACACGCUUUCAGAGACUGUCGCGAGAAACAAUCGUGCGCAUUGAAUUUUCUGGUCUGAAUGAUUUUGAAAGCAUGCUUCUUCGCAAUUAAUUUGUGUAUAUAUUUUUUCAUUUAUUAUUUAUCUAUUUUUCCGGAGCUCGGAGAGAAUAGCAGAAAAAAAAUAUAUUCAAUAAGUACUUUAACGUAUUUAAAAGAAAAAUCUUUCUCAUUCGAGUAUCGUUUAGAGAAGUCAAAAGAUAAAUGGAGACUUCGUCAUUGGCGAUCGUAAGCGUUCGCGUAAACAAUUUUGUUCUGCCUCUUUUGCAUCGAAAUGAAUUUUAAUGCACGCCUCUUCACCGCACGACGCGCGUAACGCAAUUCUCUUAUCCUCUUGUAACAAGAGGCCGUGUCGAGAGAUCGUUUUAAUUAAUACUUUCCAGCUGCCGAAGAACUCUCUCGCGCUCUCUCUCUCU